AUGCAGCAACACAUACCUACGGUGUUCUUAAGGAAACAUGUAACUCCACCCUCCUGCACCUUACCAGACACACCAAAGGUCCAGGGCUAUGAUUUCAACCAGGGAGUGGACCACCACGCACUGCUGCAGUCCUUCCUCAGCACUGGCUUCCAGGCGACUAAUGUGGCCCUGGCUAUUCAGCAGAUAAACAGCAUGAUCAAGAGGCGUCAACAGCCGGUGAAGGAAGUGAAUGGAAGUGUUGAGGAGGAUCCGUCGACCUGCCGGAGCCCCUUGAGCUGCACCAUCUUUCUCAGUUACACUUCAAACCUCAUCAGCAGCGGGGUCAGGGAGAGUAUCCGCUAUCUCGCAGAGCACAGCAUGGUGGAUGUCCUGGUGACCACAGCUGGAGGUAUUGAGGAGGAUCUGAUCAAGUGUUUGGGACAUCUUUACAUUGGAGACUUCACUCUGCCUGGGAAGGAUCUGUAUAAAAGGGGUCUCGACAGGAUUGGCAAUCUUCUGAUGCCUGAUAUGAACUACAUGUUAUUAGAAAAAUGGAUGUUGCCGAUAAUGAAGCAGAUGCUGAUGGAGCAGAACACUCAGGCCUUCAGUUGGACCCCGUCUAAGAUGAUCCAGCGACUGGGCAAGGAGAUUAACAACCCUGAAUCUGUUUGCUAUUGGGCCUACAAGAACAACAUCCCAGUGUUCAGCCCUGCCCUUACAGAUGGCGCCAUAGGAGACUUGUUCUACAUGUUCUCAGCUGAGAACCCUGGCUUAAUUUUGGACAUUGCUGAAGAUAUUUCAAGAAUAAACGACAUUGCAGUGAACGCCAAUAGCACAGGGAUGAUCCUCCUAGGGGGAGGGUUAGCAAAGCACCACACUUGCAAUGCCAAUGCAUGGAGGACAGGAGCUGAGUUUGCGGUGUAUGUGAACACAGCUCAGGAAUUUGAUGGUUGCGACUCAGGGGCCAGACCUGAUGAAGCCGUGUCCUGGGGGAAGAUCACAUUAGACGCCAAACCUGUGAAGGUGUGUGCAGACGCUACAGUGAUCUUCCCCUUGUUGGUGGCAGAAACCUUUGCUGUUCAUGCUGAUAAGAGGACGAUUCACAAGGAGAACAAUUGA